UGGGCGGUCCUAGCCGCUCACCGCAAGAAGAAAAGCCACCCGUUCGUCCCCCUUGCCUUACCUCCAAUCCUUUGCCCAGGAGCUGCCUUCAUCGCAGUCACGCCCCUUCCUUCCGAGGAGCUUUCUGGCUGCCUAAGCUGGUAGACCCCCUGAUUUAUUCCUCCAUCUCCGCUCCCUUUCGCCUCAUCUUCUCUUAGUUCUCACAGCCCCCUCCACCCCCACCUCCAGUCUGUCUCGCCUCGGACCAUCCGCUGCUCCACCCUCCGGCCCGGUAUCCUGCCUGUGCACUGCCACCAAGGAGAGCCCGGACGGAGCAGCGAGGAGGGAAGCAGCCGGGAGUUGGGGCUUCCCUCCUGCCUAUCCCUGGCCUCUGGCCCGAGACCGAAGCCACUUGAGCGAGCAGAGUCGUCACCUUGUCUUCGUUGCCUUCAGGGAGCUGCAGAGAAGGACAAAUAAGAUAACAGAAGUGAAAGAGCUCUUGUCUCCUUAGAAGAAAGGCUGAGAAACUUAAGAGUGACCAGUGGUUGGACUCUUGGCGGCGCUUACCCUGAACCUGAGUGUUAGGGGAGAGGGAAUCUGCCGUUGCGGUUUCUGGAGCUGCUCAUAAGCAAGAAUUCCCUAUCCUGAGCAAGGCUUUAAGCCUAAAAGAAAGCAGAAAUAGGUCAAGGGCAGCCCAGGUGCCCAAUUUCUCUCUCUCUUCACAAGGCACCACCAGCAAUAGAGAUGAGAAAUUCUGAAGAACAGCCAAGUGGAGGAACCACAGUAUUGCAGCGUCUGCUACAAGAGCAGCUCCGCUAUGGCAAUCCUAAUGAGAAUCGCAACCUGCUUGCCAUACACCAGCAAGCCACAGGGAACGGCCCUCCUUUCCCCAGUGGCAGUGGGAACCCAGGCCCUCAGAAUGAUGUGUUGAGUCCCCAAGACCACCACCAACAGCUUGUGGCUCAUGCUGCUCGACAAGAACCCCAGGGGCAGGAAAUCCAGUCAGAAAACAUCAUCAUGGAGAAGCAGCUUUCCCCUCGAAUGCAGAAUAACGAAGAACUCCCGACUUAUGAGGAAGCCAAGGUCCAGUCCCAGUACUUUCGGGGCCAACAGCAUGCCAGUGUCGGAGCUGCCUUCUAUGUCACUGGAGUGACCAACCAGAAGAUGAGGACUGAGGGACGCCCGUCAGUUCAGCGGCUCAAUCCUGGAAAGAUGCAUCAGGAUGAAGGACUCAGAGACCUUAAGCAAGGACAUGUUCGCUCCUUGAGUGAACGACUAAUGCAGAUGUCACUGGCCACCAGUGGAGUUAAGGCUCAUCCGCCUGUUACCAGCGCUCCCCUCUCCCCACCACAACCCAAUGACCUCUACAAGAAUCCCACAAGUUCCAGUGAAUUCUACAAGGCCCAAGGGCCACCUCCCAGCCAGCAUAGCCUGAAGGGCAUGGAACACCGAGGCCCCCCACCAGAGUAUCCCUUCAAGGGCAUGCCACCCCAAUCUGUAGUGUGCAAGCCCCAAGAGCCAGGGCACUUCUAUAGUGAGCAUCGUCUGAACCAGCCAGGGAGAACAGAGGGGCAACUGAUGAGGUAUCAGCAUCCCCCUGAGUAUGGAGCAGCCAGGCCAGCGCAGGACAUCUCAUUGCCGUUGUCAGCCCGGAACUCUCAGCCUCACAGCCCUACUUCUUCCCUCACGUCUGGGGGUUCCUUACCCUUGCUGCAGUCUCCACCGUCCACUAGAUUAUCUCCUGCCCAACACCCCUUGGUCCCAAACCAAGGAGACCACUCAGCUCACCUGCCUAGGCCGCAGCAGCAUUUCCUUGCUAACCAGGCUCACCAGGGGGAUCAUUACCGUCUCCCCCAGCCUGGCCUGAGUCAGCAGCAGCCGCAGCCACCGCCGCCGCCACACCAUCACCACCAUCACCAGCAGCAGCAGCAGCAGCAGCCAGGAGAAGCCUAUUCAGCUAUGCCUCGGGCUCAGCAGUCGUCUGCUUCGUAUCAGCCAAUGCCAGCCGACCCUUUUGCCAUUGUUUCCAGAGCCCAGCAGAUGGUUGAGAUUCUCUCAGAUGAGAACCGGAACUUGCGGCAGGAGUUGGAAGGAUGCUAUGAGAAGGUGGCGAGACUGCAGAAGGUGGAGACAGAAAUCCAGCGUGUCUCAGAGGCAUAUGAGAACCUUGUGAAGUCAUCCUCCAAAAGAGAGGCCCUGGAGAAAGCCAUGAGAAACAAGCUUGAGGGCGAGAUUCGAAGGAUGCAUGACUUCAACAGGGAUCUGAGAGAGCGUCUAGAGACGGCCAACAAGCAGCUUGCAGAGAAGGAAUAUGAGGGGUCAGAAGAUACCAGAAAAACCAUCUCUCAGCUCUUUGCAAAAAAUAAGGAGAGCCAACGGGAGAAGGAGAAACUGGAAGCGGAGCUGGCCACUGCCCGUUCUACCAACGAGGACCAAAGGCGACACAUUGAAAUCCGAGACCAGGCCCUGAGCAACGCCCAGGCCAAGGUGGUAAAGCUGGAGGAAGAGCUGAAAAAGAAGCAAGUGUACGUAGAUAAGGUGGAAAAGAUGCAGCAAGCUCUUGUACAGCUCCAGGCAGCGUGUGAAAAACGAGAGCAGCUGGAGCACCGUCUCCGGACACGACUGGAGAGAGAACUGGAAUCCCUCCGAAUCCAGCAGCGCCAGGGCAACUCUCAGCCCACCAAUGUUUCAGAAUACAAUGCCGCUGCACUGAUGGAGCUCCUUCGUGAGAAGGAGGAGAGGAUCCUGGCCCUGGAAGCUGACAUGACUAAGUGGGAGCAGAAGUAUUUAGAGGAGAAUGUGAUGAGACAUUUUGCUCUGGACGCUGCGGCCACCGUAGCUGCUCAGAGGGACACAACAGUCAUCAGCCACUCUCCUAACACCAGCUAUGACACAGCUCUAGAAGCUCGCAUCCAGAAGGAGGAGGAAGAAAUCUUGAUGGCCAACAAGCGUUGCCUUGACAUGGAGGGCAGGAUUAAGACCCUCCAUGCCCAGAUUAUUGAGAAGGAUGCCAUGAUCAAGGUACUCCAGCAGCGUUCCCGGAAGGAGCCAAGUAAGACAGAGCAGCUGUCAUCCAUGCGGCCAGCAAAGUCUCUGAUGUCCAUUUCCAAUGCUGGAUCAGGCUUGCUCUCCCAUUCUUCCACCCUGACUGGCACCCCCAUCAUGGAAGAGAAGCGGGAUGACAAGAGCUGGAAGGGGAGCCUAGGUAUCCUCCUGGGUGGAGACUACCGUGCCGAGUCUGUCCCUUCCACCCCCUCGCCUGUGCCGCCCUCGACUCCCCUACUGUCAGCUCACUCCAAGACAGGCAGCCGGGACUGCAGCACGCAAACAGAACGGGGAACGGAACCCAACAAAACCGCAGCUGUCGCUCCCAUCUCUGUUCCUGCUCCAGUUGCUGCUGCCGCCACUGCUGCCGCCAUCACUGCCACCGCUGCCACCAACACCACCACCAUGGUAGCUGCUGCUCCAGUGGCUGUCGCUGCUGCCGCUCCAGCCGCCGCCACCGCCGCCGCCCCGUCUCCAGCAACUGCUGCUGCUGCUCUCGCUGCUGCUGUUUCUCCAGCUGCUGCUGCUGCUCAGAUUCCAGCUGCUGCCUCUGCUGUUGCUGCUGCUGUUGUUGCUCCUGCUGCUGCUGCUGCUGUUCAGCUUGCUCCAGCUGCUCCGGCUCCGGUUCCAGCUCCGGCUCCAACUCCAGUUCCGGCUUCAGCAGCGGCUCAGGCUUCUGCUCCAGCUCAGACUCAGGCACCAACUCCAGCUCCGGCUGCAGCUGCUCCUCCAGCUCCAGCUCCAGCUCCAGCUUUGGCUCAGGCUGAGGCUCCUGCAAGUCCAGCUGCCGGUUCUGGACCACGUCGUUUGUCUAUACCAAGUUUGAGCUGCAAUCCAGAUAAGACAGAUGGCCCUGUUUUCCACUCCAAUACUCUGGAAAGAAAAGCUCCCAUUCAGAUCCUGGGACAAGAGCCUGAUGCGGAGAUGGUGGAAUAUCUCAUCUAAAUGGCCUAAUCAAGAGCUGCAGUUUAUCAGCAAGAAUGCUUUUAAUCAUUUUUCCCUUUUGUUUGUUCUUAUUUUGAGGGUGAGGACAAGGGUUGGGUGGGGGGAUGUUUUUUAAAGGGACUUUUUAUUGUAACAACAUAGUACUUAGGUAAUACCAUAUGAACUCCAGUCUGUUCUGGUACGCUUAGAGAGUACCUCUAAAGCCAGAUCAAUCAGAAUGUGCUCUAAAGUUUAUUGUUUGGAUUUCUACAAAUUCUGGGACUGUUAAUAGCUGGAUAUACAUCAGUGUUUUCAAUGUGCUGAAAUUUGUUUAGCAUUUCCAUAUUCUGGAUCAUUCUUUAAUCGAAGAGCACAGUAUGUUUGGAAGACAGUGUGUAACAUGUAGUUCAGAAGUCGAAGCCAGAGAGGAUUUGGGUGUGUGCUGUUUUGUAUAGUUUCCAUCUAGGCAGCAUCCAGAAAGAGCUCUCGCCUCGGGCACACGAAAGGGAAUAGUUUUAAGAGCUAUGUAAACUGGAGAAAAGGUAGGGAGUAUUGGGGUGUGGAAGGGUGCUGGAGCUAAUUUUCCCUCCCAAUUUCCCAGCUACCCUGGGCCAGGAGAUUGUGUUUAUCUUUAUUUCAGUGGUGCUUUGGAAGUGGAUUCUUUUGGUUCCCUUGUGGAGGUUCAUACAUUCAUAUAUAUACUGUGGAGUAAUUUAUGCAUUUGGAUAAUUAAUAUAUUGCUUUCAGAUGCUAGGAGAGUAAAUUAGCUGAGUGAUGUACAACUUCUUCUCUCUUAGGGAGUUAGACCAUCCGAGGCCUUGAUGGAGAGUUGCACGAGGUGCUGUAUGCAGACUUGUGUGGUCUGUGUGUAGCCAGGAACGUAGCUCGCUUGCCUUUCCCAAGACCAACCUGCUUAGUGUUUAUUUCUUCUCCAGCACAAAUUCACUGGCUGUGUCACCAGUCUCAAAUUGCCAAUCAUUUGCAAAAUGAGGAAGCGUUUUCGUUGACAGGUUGAAUGCUUUGAAUUUCUGGUGACUACUUUGAAAUAACUCGUGUUGUUUUCCCAAAUUCUUAGCAUACGUCUUAAAAGGCAUAUAUGACUAUCACCUCCAAGGGAAUAGCAUCAGAAGCCCAAAGUACUACGCUGCAGUCCGGGGAGAGGGAGGCUGCAGCAGUAUCCUCAGCUACCUCUUCUCACUGCCAGUGACUCCAUCUUGGAAUACCUUUGGGGAGCAGCAGGAAACGCACAUGUGGGCAGGGACCAAGGAGGCCAUGGCUCCAAGCUUUGCCUUAGGCCUGCCUCCAGGGACACAGAAGGGCUGCCUGUUGCCACAGGUCUCUGCCCUGUGUCGCCUCUCUGCCCUUCAUUAAGGUGAUAAAUCCAUAGACAAUGUCAUUAAGAUCAGUUUUCAGGGGUAUUGGGGGGGGUGAGGGGAGUGGGGGUAUUAGGUAAGGGUGGGGGAGGGUAGAGGUUUGGGGAUAUGUUAGUUAGAAACCAAAUUCAUAGAAGAGUAGGCCUGAUAUAUUACAUCGUGAGGCAUAGUGGCUGGAAGGAACUUUAGCAAUAUAGCCAUACCCCCUCAUUUUAGUAAUGAGGAAUCUGAGACCUGGAGAGGUUAAGUGACUUUUUCAAGAUCACACAACACAGCUUUCCACUCUGCCGAUUACCAUGCUUAAUUUGGGAAACGCUUAUAUACAAAAAGCCCCACUUUAAGAAAAGACAUUGACACGGUCCAGGGCACAUGCAUUUUGGAAAAUGUCCCUGGCUUGAGUAAUUUGUCCAAGGUUUUGAAUUCCUAUCUUGCCUCUCCUGCAGUGCCCUUUGCAAGGCUUUCCCUUUCCUGAUCCUUAUUUCAACACUGAGCCACAUGAAACAUCCCCCUAAGAAAUCAACCUCGCUUUUCUUGCUAUGGGAUUGGCUAUCUUGGAUCAUCUUACAGGUUCCUCUGCGAGUAUAGGAAUGGUAUAUUUAACAAUGUUUUUCUGGUCAUUCCUAAAAGGAAUUAUUUUGUAUGUGGUGAGGGAGAGACAGGAGGGAAGGUGAUGUGAUUUUUCAGCCAGUCUUGACAUUUUCAAAGAUGAAGUGAUCAUCCUACACGAGUCCUCAGUCAUCAAGUGAAUCCCAAAUAGAAAUUAAAAGUGCAGUUGUGUUAAUACUCAUACUACCCUAUAGUCACAGGGGAAAAAAAUCCUUCAAAUAGUAGAAGCAACAAGUAGCAAACUUCAGGACUGCUACUUUCUAUUCAAAUAAAUAAAAAAUAAAUAAAAAGAAACCUUUCAUCUACUCCUUUCAUGGUUAUGACACAUUGCCAGAAUUUUUGCUAGCUCUGGGAGCCAUCGUUUUAAUCACAUUCUGUAAGGUGACAAAUGUCACACAUUCCACACUGUGGGGCAGCCAUCUCUUUAGACUCAUAUAUUUUGGGGAAAGGAGGAACUUCUUGGCCAACUACUAUUUUGAACUUUCCACAACUUCUCUGCCCCCUCACACCAGAGGCACUUCCUUUUGGCUCAAUUUUUUAUCACAGGUAAUUUGCUAAAAUAAUAUGGAACAUCUAAGAGGUGGAAGAAGUCCAUGUCAGUGUAUUAUGUUUACGAGGAAGAUAGAUCCAGCCUUUUCAGAAAAUCUCUAAUAGGUGUCAUUUAAAAACUUCAGGUUUAUGGGAGAAAUCUCAAGUUAGCCACCUUUUCAUGAUUGUGUGGAUGUAAUAACAUUUGGGGGAUCUUUCUGGACUCCCAUCUAUCUAUGCAUUUUACUGGCACCUCAGGACAGGAGGGUGACCUUGUUGUCUUAACUUGUACUGCCUGGUGGUCUCUGGGGACCUUCUAAGUCAGUUGUACACCAAUGUCCCAUGUACAGAAAAACUUCAUUAGAACAAACUUUACUUGAUAUAAAAUUCCUAUUAACAAUUUUUUUAUUAAAUAAAAGUAGCUUGAGCUAUCUUUUAAGAUCAUGUAUCUUGAUUGCUGUUUUAAUGAAGGAUUUAUUCUCAAUGCUGCUUUUGAGCUUCAGGAUGACAGGAUGGCAGGAACCUGAAAUAUCUGCCGUCAUCUGCCAUAGGAAACACACCGAGAGCCCCGUCGUGCAUUCUUUUUCUUGUCACACAGUUGGGUUGGGGACACCAAUUGGAAAAUGGAACAAACUGAUUGUGCAGACUACUUUUUUUUUUUUUUUUUGCGGUACGCGGGCC